AUGGCGCUGAAUCUCGCAGGCGAUGCGCAGAGGACGGCGCCGCCGCCGCGCGGCGGCGGCUGCGCUCGCGCGUGGCGUGGGCUCGCGCAGGUGGCACCGAGGAGGCUGGGGCCCAACCACGAGAUCGACGGCUGGACGCUCAAGUUUGUCAGCCCGAAGAUGGAGACAGGCUUCCUGCGCAGCCACCAGCAUGAGCUGCGGUCAUCCCUGAUUCUCCUCAUCGUCCUCAUCUGCUGCGGGCUGCCCGUCAUGCUGAACUUGUGGUACGGUGGAGACGCGAGCGAGAGCUUUGCACCAGAGGUGCAGACCAUGAAGCGGCGGCAGUGCGCCCUCAGUAUGGCGUGCGUCGGCCUGACGCUGCUGGCGCUGGUCGCGGCAGUGCUGCUGUCGGACCUCGGCAUGAUAUGCACGCGCGGGAUGGAGAGUCUGGCAUUUGUUGAUCCUCGGUUAUCGCUCUGA